CGGAACGGAACGGAUACUAUGUAACGAGGCCCAGGCGAGGUCAAGGACUUUCACAGGUGUGGACAGGGAAUUUAGGCACCCCCUGCCCUUCAAGCCACCACCACCAUGGUGCCCUGGGAAGAGCCAGAAAGGCUGGUGUGGCGCCCAGAAGCUGUGCCUGCAGUGCCUGUGGGGCUGGAGGUAAAGAUGGGUGCCCUGGCAGUGCUGUUGGUGCUCACCCUGUUUUGCAGCCUAGUGCCCAUCUGCGUACUCCGACGUCCCAGUGCCAACUUUGAGGCCUCAGCCUCCCGAAAAAAAAUCCUGAGCCUUGUGAGCUGCUUUGCUGGUGGUGUUUUUCUGGCCACAUGUCUUUUGGACUUGCUUCCAGACUACCUGGCUGCCAUAGAUGAGGCUCUGAGUGCCCUUCGAAUCACCCUUCAGUUCCCACUGCAAGAAUUCAUUCUCGCCAUGGGUUUUUUUCUGGUUCUGGUGAUGGAACAGAUUGUGCUAGCCUACAAAGAGCAAUCGGGGCCCCUUCCAAGAGAGGAGACUCGAGCUCUCCUUGGUACAGUGGGCAGUGCACCUCCCCACUGGCAUGAUGGACCCAUGGCUGAUGGGACUUCUCCUACCCCUUCAGCCUUAAGGGCCUGCGUCCUGGUCUUCUCACUUUCCCUUCACUCAGUAUUUGAAGGGCUUGCUGUGGGGCUGCAACGGGAGCGAGCCCGGGCAAUGGAGCUAUGUCUGGCACUGCUCUUGCACAAGGGGGUUCUUGCUGUCAGCCUAUCCCUCCGGCUACUGCAGAGCCGGCUUCGGGGUGGAGUGGUGGCCAUUUGUGGGGUUCUUUUCUCUUGCAUGACACCGUUGGGUAUUGGAUUGGGGGCUGCACUAGCAGAGUCAGCAGGGCCUUUGCACCAGCUGGCACAAUCAGUACUAGAAGGAAUGGCAGCGGGCACCUUCCUUUAUAUCACUUUUCUGGAGAUCUUGCCCCAGGAAUUGGCCACUUCUGAGCAGAGAAUCCUCAAAGUCAUCCUACUUCUUGCUGGUUUUGCUCUGCUCACUGGUCUGCUUUUCAUUCGUGUUUAAAUGGCCUCUAAGGUCUGGUCGGGGGAAUCAGAUGCUCUGAGAGGAGCUUUAGAGAAGGAUGAAUGGGGGAUUGAGGAGGGAAGGAGAGUGCAUUGGUGGGUGUUAUAGACAAGACCCCAGAGAAUGACUAAUGGAACAUGAGACAAAGAACAAAGUUAAAACUCUCAAGGAGUGUGGGGAUGGGAUAGAGGGUCAAAGAAAACUUGAAAAACACUAAACAACAGAGACAUGUAAACAGGUGGUAAGAAUACAAGGACUGACAGACACUAAGGGUAGGGACAGACAAAACUUGGCAGGGUAAGGGGUGGCAAAGGAACCUGGAGCCCCCAGGGAUAUGGAUUCCACCCCAUUCCUGCACUCUCCUGGAGAAGCCCCCUUUUCCUUCUCCUGGCCCCUGUCCCUUCUCAGUGUUCCCCUUUUUUAAGGGCAGGUUACUAGAGGACAUUUUCAGACCUAAUUCCUUGCCUUCAGCUGUAUUUCCUUUCCAUACCUCCCACAAAGUGCCAAAUACCCUCUUCCCACCUUUUUUCACAAAGCACAUUGGUAUUGGGCCUUGCCAGGCAGCUAACUUUGGGGCUACCCUGCCUGCUGCUGAUUUCCAGUGAAGCUUCACCCUUUCUAGGGCUGAGGGUGAAUAUCUAACUUGGUGAUCUUGUCCAGGUGCCAAAGGCAGAACCGUCUAAAUUUUUUUUGUACUACAGACGCCCUGGAGGGCCUGCCUCUCCAGGGGUUAUUUUUGGAGAAGGGUGGGUGGAUGGGAGGGAGGGAUAUUCUCUGUAUAAUCUAUUUUACUAAACUGACGCUUCCGGGAUCUGCUUCCCAAAUAAAGGUGUUCCUA